AAAAUAUUAAAUGCAAAUGAUAACAUGCCUGAAUCGGAACCUACAGGAGGAGUUCUGAUCUUUCUUGGGCUUCAGACCUGCCGAUUCUCACCUCCGUCUCCACCCCCACUUGGUGAUCGAGCUAAAAACCAACCGAAGGGGAAAAUAUGUGGUCUACUUCCAAUCCUUGCUGCUGCUAGAGGAAGAAUGACGCCUGCUGGCUGGUUUUGACACCGUCUAAGAAAUCCAAGCGGAUCGCUGCUUUGCAAUCCAUUGACAUGGCUUUUUCUUCCACAAUUCUUUCAAGAUUCCGCAUCUCCAGAGCGCUCCUCCUGCAGGAGGCGUUAUUUGCCACCAAACUUUUCCUAACAGCUUCAAUCCUGCAUGUCUCUUGCAUCCUAUGGAGUGCUUUCUAGCACAUAAUCUUCCUUAGUCGAGCAUCUGACCAUUGCGCAUACAAGUUUUAUCGCUAUUCAAUUUGUCAAUAUUGUUGUAUUGUUCAUAUAUGAUAGGUGCCUCUAUAUAUUAUUUUAUAUAUAUUCCGAUAAUCAUGGCAAUAUCAGAUACGGACGCUCCCAUUCCUCACGGCAACUCGACAACCGUGGAAUCGGACAUCGCACGGCAUCCCGAGAGGAAAAAACUGGAAUGCCAUUGGAACGAGCGGAACGAAAAGACCCCCGCCAUCAAUUCUGAGGCCCGUAAAACUCCCGCCGCUACAGAAACCACUACUGGCAUAUCUGUUCCUCGCGGACAACAACCGGCACAGGCCGAGCUGCUGUCAGAGCGUGACAUCGAACGCUUGGGCAGGGAGCGUCCAAGUGCAUUUAAAAAUGCUUGGACUGAGAUCGCGUUUGUGUUUUCGAUUUCCAUGUCUCAAGUCCUUGCGGAAUACUUCAUCUCCGGUUUCAAUGUAGUGCUGCCAUCUCUAGUCGAGGAGUUGAACAUUGCCGAAUCCUCCGCUGUCUGGCCUGCAAGUGCAUUUUCACUCGUGGUAGCCGCAACGUUGCUGAUUUUUGGGCGAAUUUCUGAUAUGAUUGGCGGCUACCCGGUAUACGUUUUUGGCAUGGCAUGGCUAUUUGUCUGGUCUGUCGUUGCCGGGUUCUCGCGGAACCGAUUGAUGUUGAUCUUUUGCCGGAUGCUGCAAGGAAUCGGCCCAGCUGCUUAUCUUCCUUCGAGUAUGAUGCUGCUUGCAAAAGUAUACAGACCAGGCCCGAGGAAAAAUAUGGUAUUUAGCAUUUACGGGACCUGUGCGGUUGUUGGGUUUUUUAUUGGGAUCUUUUGCUCCGGGGUCUCAGCGCAGUUUUUUUCUUGGGGAUGGUAUUUUUGGAUCGGUGCGAUUCUCGCAGCUAUCACGACGGUUUCUUCGUUUUUGGCCAUCCCGUCCGAUAUGGCGGAGACUCGGAAGCAAGGUGUCAAGAUGGAUUAUAUGGGUGCGGCGCUUAUCGUUCCGGGGUUGGUAUUGACUGUUUUUGCAAUUACGGAUAGCGCGCAUGCCCCUGACGGGUGGAGGACCCCAUAUGUGUACGUUUGUCUCAUCAUCGGUGGUAUUCUUCUCGGGCUUGCUGUGUAUGUCGAGGGGUGGGUUGCCAAGUCGCCGUUGUUACCAUUCGAUAUAUUCGAUGCGCCCUACAUGAAGCCAUUGGUUGCCUCACUCCUCUUUUUCUACGGAUGCUUAGGUGUUUUCCUCCUUUACGGAACUCUAUAUAUGGUAAAUAUCAUGGGAGCAACUCCUAUGCAGGUUGUGGCCUGGUGUGUCCCCAUGGUUGUCGGGGGAUUUGUUUUCCCCAUCCUCUGCGCCCUAUUCCUCCACCUCAUCUCGGGGACAGUCUUGCUUAUCAUUUCCGGCAUCGGAUGGGUUGGAACCGGCGUUCUGUUUGCCGUCAUGCCUGAGGGAGCGUCGUACUGGGCAUUCGCCUUCCCAUCCAUGAUCGGCGCCACGCUGGGCAUCGACAUCACCUUCAACAUCACGAAUAUCUUCAUAACAACAAGCCAGCCAGCCAAGCGGCAAGGGCUGGCUGGUGCGGUGAUCAAUUCGGUGCUGCACCUGAGUAUUGCCUUUCUUCUUGGGUUUGCGGAUGUAGCGCAUGUAAACACCGCGCACCUGGGGAAAUUAGGGAGUUACAGGGUUGUGUUUUGGUUUCAGGUUGGAUGCGCGAUUGUUUCGUUGUUGAUUAUGAUUCUUUUCGUGCGGGUCAAUGCUGCGAAGAGCGAGAUGACCGCGGACGAACGACAGCAAUUGAUGGAGAUGGAACAGUCGGAUCCUCAAGGUUCUUCGGCAAACCGGGAAAAUAGAUCUACGAGUGGAUUGCAUAUAAAAAUGGGCUAAUUUUUUAUAGAAUCUCUUUGUUGGAUUUGGAUCGUUUUUGUCUUUUCAUGCCGUAUUACAAAAUUAAAAGAAAAAUCACCGGCUGUAUUGGUUGCGAGGCUG